UACAUGUGUGAGUGCAUGUUUAUGUGUGUGCAUGUGUAUAUAUGUAUGUGUGUAUAUGUGUGCAUUGCAUGGAUGUAUGUGUGCAUGUAUGCAUUUGUGUAUAUGUACAUGUGCAUGUGUGAGUGCAUGUUUAUGCGUGUGCAUGUGUAUAUAUGUAUGUGUGUAUAUGUGUGUAUGCAUUUAUGUGUGCAUAUAUGUAUGUGUAUAUGUGCAUGUGCAUGUGUAUGCAAAUGUGUACAUGUGCGUGUCCUCAGAGGGUUUCUCUCACUUUGGAGGUGCAGGUCUCCCUAGCAGGUGGUCCCACUGUCUCCCUAGCAGGUGCACCCACUGUCUCCCUAGCAGGUGGUCCCACUGUCUCCCUAGCAGGUGCACCCACUGUCUCCCUAGCAGGUGGUCCCACUGUCUCCCUAGCAGGUGCACCCACUGUCUCCCUAGCAGGUGCACCCACUGUCUCCCUAGCAGGUGGUCCCACUGUCUCCCUAGCAGGUGCACCCACUGUCUCCCUAGCAGGUGCACCCACUGUCUCCCUAGCAGGUGGUCCCACUGUCUCCCUAGCAGGUGCACCCACUGUCUCCCUAGCAGGUGCACCCACUGUAUCCCUAGCAGGUGCACCCACUGUCUCCCUAGCAGGUGGUCCCACUGUCUCCCUAGCAGGUGCACCCACUGUCUUCCUAGCAGGUGCACCCACUGUCUCCCUAGCAGGUGGUCCCACUGUCUCCCUAGCAGGUGCACCCACUGUCUCCCUAGCAGGUGGUCCCACUGUCUCCCUAGCAGGUGCACCCACUGUCUCCCUAGCAGGUGCACCCACUGUCUCCCUAGCAGGUGCACCCACUGUCUUCCUAGCAGGUGCACCCACUGUCUCCCUAGCAGGUGGUCCCACUGUCUCCCUAGCAGGUGCACCCACUGUCUCCCUAGCAGGUGGUCCCAUGUUGCCGCAGGCAUGUCACAGAUGCUCUCCUGGGGCCGCUGGGCCUCCCCUCUGUGUCCUCUCACGCUCCAGCCCCUGCCUGGGCUCCACACCUCCUCCGGUGCCCUCCGUCUCUCCGUGGCUCUGACUCCAGCCCGCACCAGCUCACUGGGUUUGGUGGGCAAGGCCCCUUAACCCAAGUACCUCUUUCCCUGUGGUUCCUGUCUCAGCCAGCCUGGCUCUGUGCCUUUGGGCCUCUCUGCCUUCCUCUGAAGGCACGAAUUAGGACGGCUUCAGAACCCGAGGUGGCUCUGGGGCAGUUAUCGGGUGGCUCUGCCUCUCCGGCCCUGGCCGGGCCUUGGAGCCCAGAGCUCUCCGAGCGUGGGGAGAGGCAGAGGCUGUGAAGUCCUGGGGCUCA